UCGAAACUCUGAUAUGCCACCUCUCUCUUCUCUCUCUCUCAACACUAAUUAGCUAGUAUAGCUAGAUUUAAAAGAAAGAGAUGGGAAACUGUUGUAGAAGUGAACACAGGUCGAUGGUAUGGGCUGGUGAUGACUUGGGAUCUCUCAUGUCGAAGAAGGAAGAAGAAGCUGAAAACACAUGCAACAUGAAAAAACAGAUCAGACUACUUGAUGAUCAAAAUGGAGCCUUUGGGCCGCCGUCUCCAGCUUCUUCUACCAGCUGCAUUACUACUAGUAGUAUUACUUCUCAUGUAAUUACCUGCAGGGAAGUGAAGAUCACGAUUACAAAGAAGGAGCUGGAGGAAUUGUUAGGAAGAGUGGACGUGCAAGGGUUGUCUGCUAAACAGAUCCUCGCGAGCUGGUGGGCACACGCUGCUGACCGGAGAUUUAAUAGCGUGCUGAAAGAGCAUCACCGGCCGUGGAGGCCGACGCUGCAGAGUAUUCCAGAGUCACCAUGCGAAUUAAAUCCCAAUUCGAUGCACUGAGACACUGACAUCUAUAAUUACUCAGCACAACUAACUGGCAACUGGCCGCGUAGACCACUUUAA